UCCUUCUUAACAAACCUCCCGUCACGGCUAAUUUGAUGAUCAACGGGUUUGUGAAACCUGCUUCAUGGCGCUGAGGCCGUACAGUGUCAAUACCUACAGUGUAUACCAUAACCGCACGGUACAGUACAGCACAGCCUACACCAACCGGGGUCUCCGCCAAGGCGCCUUCUCAAACCUUGUAAGUUUAACCUUGGGACGCCUCAAGUCACGAUCCCCGCAAAUCAGGGCGACAGAAAUACUUUGCUUCUUCUCACUCAGCUUGCUGAAGCCUCACUCUCAGUGCGUUUCCGGCGAUCUAGCUCUGGCGGCACUUGUGGCAGAGCAUGGAGAGUUGUCACACUCGGCAAAUGGACGCCCCUGACUCCGUCGGCGUGGCUUUUCGUCCAAGGCUAUUUUCGGGAUGGCAUAUAUUGGGGGCUGCCAUUAAAUUCCCGACAACUCGUCUGUAGGGAUCCUAGCGCUAGGGCUGGCAGCGUGCGCCUUGAGCCAGGUGGUGAUGGUGGUGGUAACGAUGAUGAUGAUUGGCGAACACGCCUCGUGGCAGUGGCAUUGCCUCAGGCUGCUCGUAUAUUGGAUGAAGUGGCAUAGAGCUGAGGGCCUAUAUUAAUGUUGCCCAAAAGUCUAGACGCCGAUGUGGCUUCUCGUGGCUCUCUGAGGCUGAUAUCAAAGACAUGGCGGGCGACAUACGCUGUGUGAUGCCUGGCUCGUAUAUGGCGAUGACCCGACAGCCCCUUUCCCCUUUCCCCAUGAAAUUGUCUCUAAAUUUACACAACAUAUCAGGCUGAUGAUCAUGACAACAAGACACACAGUGCACAAUAGCAAUACAGAACCACUGGCUCUCAACCAUCGCGAGUAGAGCUGCCCAAAGUAUCCGAAGGCUCAGCGAUAGCCGUAUAGAGUUUCGCCAGCGCAACACAUGACCUUUGUGCUGGGUUAAAAAUAAACCGACAAGAAGGAACGGAAGCAAAAGUAACCGCAUGAAGACAAACCAGACAAGAACACAAGGAAUAAGCUUGUGCAGCUUAUACUUUCAGCCGCGCAAAGGUUAUCCCUGCUGUCUUGCUGUAUAGUCCAAACUCAAUCAAGCCCCGACAUCAGAGGACCAAUCGGCCGUCUUGAUAUUCAGGGAUGACCUCGUCGGUUCGUCUCGUGCGAGGGCCUUGCAUUCCUGUCCUCUUGUGUCCCACGUUUCUCGACCGCUCUUCUGGGACGAACGGCGAUUAUCAUUGGGUCCUUGCUGUAGAAUUAGGUCUGAACCCAUCAUGAUGCCUUGCUAUUUCUGGUGCAAAGACGAGAGACAGUCCGAAUACGCCUUUUGCGAGCUGGAGGGGAGAGACACAAGGCUGAACACCCAAUAGUCGAUCGUGUACUCUGUACACCCACGUUGAGUUGGGCUGAACUCGUGGUUGUCUCCCGGCAGAUUGGGUGAGACAUUGGAUGAGGUAAAAAUUUCCCUAUUGGCUCGCCCUGCAGGAGCGGUGUAUGCAUACGGACGCCAUGAAAGCCGCGCUUCUUGAAGUGGUGAUAUUGUGGCCGCCUACUGGUCGACUGGCCUAUUUGAGUUUACGAAUUCAAGCGGGUAAAGUCUCGUAUACUUGGAUAAAAACAAGUUCUCUCUUGAUAUGUCGGUCUCGUAUAUCCUCUGAUUGAGUGAGGCUGAUGAACACUCAAGUAUAAAAAGGUCCUCAGAUGCCGCCGUAAGAAUCGAUGGAAUGCUCCUUAACACUCGCUACACCAAGUUGCUUAAACCAAAUCAAUCUUCACUCACUAUAACAAUAUUCAUUCAUCAUGCACUCUCCUCUUGUUCUCCUCUCUUCUCUGCUCGGCCUUGCUGCUGCUGCUGCUAUGCCCUCCGCAAGAAGCGACGGUCCCUCGGCCGUCAAGAUUCGGGGUGUUAGCCUCCUCGGCAGUGGUUGUCCCCCAGGAUCUGCCGACAUUCAGGUCGACGCUACUGGUACCCUGUUUGAGGCCACCUUUUCCCAGUAUGAGGUGCAGACCGGCCCUGGUACCAAGGCAAUCGACUGGCGCAAGAACUGCAAGCUCACCCUCAACAUGGAGUUUGACCGCGGCUUCCAGUUCUCUCUUCUUGAUACCGACAUGAUUGGCUUUGCUGAGAUCCCCAAGGGCGCCAAGGGUCAAUGCACCAACACCUUCUCCUUUACCGGCAACGCUGCUGACCAGGUCAACUAUGCCUUGAGCCUGCCUGGCCAUUACAGCGGCAACUUUGACCUGCAGAGUCAUCCCAGCAUCACGUCCUGGUCUGCCUGUGGUGGCAGCACGGCCAUCCUCAACAUGAACACGGCCUGCAACAUCAGCCCUACCAACUUGCCUGCCUUGAUUGCUGUAAGUGGACCGUCGAAUUGUCCAUUAUGAAUUGAGACGCUAACUCGAGAUGAAAACAAAUAGGUUGAUCACAUCAGCGGCAAGCUUGUCGUCAAGUUUGCCAUCAAGUGGCGCCGCUGCUAAUCACCGCCACCUUAGCUUUCGUACUCUGUGGUGGUUUUUUCUUCGUUGUGUUUAUCGAGUACGAAAGCGUUUGGAAUUACGAUGCUGCUACUACUGCAAUGCGAUGAGCUAUAAGAAAAGAUGAUUCUCGUGAAAUAUAACCAAUCAUCACAAUGUUCUGUUCAACUCUUGACGUAUAUCAACCGUGCUUACUAUUGGGCCGUAGACAACACUAUGGCUCUGAUUUGUGGUGAAUACAUGUUAUAUAAUGCUUUUCUGUGAUUGGCUGGAACUGACAGCGAAUCGCAAUCGAAUCCAUAUUUAUUCAAAAGCUUGGCUGGCUGGUGUUCGCAUAGGAUCGGAUACGUUCUACGGUUCACCGUUGUGUUAGCAGAGGUACAAUGUAGAUACUUGCCGUAACCGUAUCAGUGCCGCGUGCCUGGCUGCCGCCUGAGAAGAAGAACGAAAUGCAGGAACAAUGACCAAAAAGGCAGCCGAUCACCGGAAGCAACGUUGACUGUCAGUUCGGUU